AUGCGGAUGCAGAUACCUGGGUAUCACACCAACACCCCGUUGCACCCAUCGUUCGACGAUGACAUCCGUAACGUUCAUCUACUGUACGAUUACGAUGCUGAGGGCAGCGAUGGUAAGCCUGAGAAGUGGCGAUAUGAAAUGUGGUUUUUUUCGGAAAACCGAAUCGUAUAUUCAAUUCACGGUGGUCCUAUGGUUGGUCGUCUUAAUUACCAGACCGUCGCGUUUCAGUGCAUUCGUCCAGGUGAGCUCUGGCAGUGCAACUGGCUUGAAGAGACUGGCACUAUCGUGUCGCUCGUGUACGACAUUCAAAACAAGAGAAUUACCACCAUGAUUGGUUUUUCUAAAGGCCACUGGGAGCACCCCAAGGAAGCCCACGGUGAUAAGCGCAAUCCAAGUGACUAUGCUCGCUGGCGCAAGCUAGCUGAGUACGGCAACAACCGUGACCGUCUUAUCAUGAGCGAGCAGGCCACUAUCCUCAAGAGUUUUAAGGGUGCGGGCGACCUUGAACCGAUUGCUCUAGACUGUGAGACUUUAUAA